GCGGCCGGGGGAGGCGGUGAGGCGGUGAGGCGAUCGGGACCGAUCUGCUCCGCGGCGGCGGCGGUAGGGCAGCGGUAGUGGCGGCACCAUGUACGGCUUCGUUAAUCACGCCCUGGAGCUGCUCGUCAUCCGCAACUACGGACCUGCUGUCUGGGAGGACAUCAAGAAGGAGGCACAGCUGGAUGAAGAAGGACAGUUUCUGGUCAGAAUAAUUUAUGAUGAUUCCAAAACCUAUGAUCUGGUUGCAGCUGCAAGCAAGGUCCUUAAUCUAAAUGCUGGGGAAAUUCUUCAGAUGUUUGGGAAGAUGUUUUUCGUGUUUUGUCAAGAAUCUGGUUAUGAUACAAUUCUACGCGUCUUGGGCUCAAAUGUCAGAGAGUUUUUGCAGAACCUGGAUGCUUUGCAUGACCACCUUGCCACUAUUUACCCGGGUAUGCGAGCCCCUUCCUUUCGAUGCACUGAUGCAGAGAAGGGGAAGGGACUCAUUCUGCAUUACUAUUCGGAAAGGGAAGGGCUCCAGGAUAUUGUCAUUGGAAUCAUCAAAACAGUAGCUCAACAGAUCCACGGUACAGAAAUAGAUAUGAAGGUUAUUCAGCAGAGAAAUGAGGAAUGUGACCACAUUCAAUUUUUAAUUGAAGAGAAGGAGUCUAAAGAAGAGGACUACUAUGAAGACCUUGACAGAUUUGAAGAAAAUGGUACCCAGGAGUCUCGCAUCAGUCCCUAUACUUUCUGCAAGGCGUUUCCUUUCCACAUAAUCUUUGACAGAGAUCUGGUGGUCACGCAGUGUGGCAAUGCUAUAUACAGAGUCCUUCCACAGCUGCAGCCAGGAAAUUGCAGUCUGUUGUCAGUUUUCUCCUUAGUCCGGCCUCAUAUUGAUAUUAGUUUCCACGGGAUCCUGUCACACAUCAAUACAGUCUUUGUGUUGAGGACCAAGGAGGGGCUGUUGGAUGUGGAAAAGCUGGAGUGUGAAGAUGAAUUGACAGGCACAGAAAUCAGCUGCUUACGCCUGAAAGGGCAAAUGAUCUACUUGCCUGAAGCAGACAGCAUCCUCUUUCUUUGUUCACCAAGUGUGAUGAACUUGGAUGAUUUAACCAGAAGAGGUUUAUACCUGAGUGAUAUUCCAUUGCAUGAUGCUACCCGUGAUCUGGUUCUUCUUGGAGAGCAGUUCAGAGAGGAAUAUAAACUGACUCAAGAGCUUGAGAUCCUCACUGACAGACUGCAGCAUACACUGCGUGCACUGGAAGAUGAAAAGAAAAAGACAGACACAUUACUGUACUCAGUUCUACCACCAUCAGUGGCAAAUGAGCUGAGACACAAGCGUCCUGUUCCAGCUAAGCGGUAUGACAAUGUGACCAUUCUCUUCAGUGGCAUUGUUGGAUUCAAUACCUUCUGUAGUAAACAUGCCUCUGGAGAGGGAGCCAUGAAGAUUGUUAAUCUUUUAAAUGAUCUUUACACAAGAUUUGAUAUUCUGACUGAUUCACGAAGGAAUCCAUUUGUUUAUAAGGUGGAAACAGUUGGAGACAAGUAUAUGACAGUGAGCGGUCUGCCGGAGCCUUGCAUUCAUCAUGCACGAUCCAUCUGCCACCUGGCAUUGGAUAUGAUGGAAAUAGCAGGCCAAGUUCAAGUAGAUGGUGAGCCUAUACAGAUAACUAUAGGAAUCCAUACUGGUGAGGUAGUCACAGGUGUCAUAGGCCAAAGGAUGCCACGUUACUGUCUCUUUGGAAAUACUGUCAAUCUAACAAGCAGGACAGAAACAACUGGAGAAAAGGGAAAGAUCAAUGUCUCUGAAUAUACGUACAGGUGUCUUAUGACACCAGAAAAUUCGGAUCCUCAGUUUCAUCUGGAGUACAGGGGUCCAGUUUCUAUGAAGGGUAAAAAAGAACCAAUGCAGGUUUGGUUUUUGUCCAGAAAGAGUACAGAGACAGAGGAAACAAAGCAAGAUACUUUCUGAGCUGAGGGAGGAGGAAGAGGACGCUGGAUAGGGUGCAAUACUGUCUCCAAGUAGGGUACCAGGCAGUAAGGUUGAGUUAUGGGUGUUGUGUCCCAUCACCUCUCCCCUUGCCAUGUGCAGUACCAUUGUCUUUAGCCCUACUCCUGAAAUCAUACUCACCAUUUUUUCUUCAGGCUUGCUUGCUAUUUUCUUUUUCCCUUUAUGUUUAGUAUUGUUAUAUCUCUGCUAUGAGCAUGUAUUUGAAGCUUUCAUUUUUUUUAUAUGUAUUUUUGCACGUCAGUCAUGUGGCAAUUCCUACCACCAGACACUAUUGAAUAAAAUGUAGCAUGCACACCACAACUAAUCAAUCUGAUGCUUCACAUUUUCAUCUUCAUCUCUGAAGUGGUUAUGUGAAUCAGUGACAUUUUGGGAAAGAUAGGUAUUUCAGUUGUUGGACAGAACAAUGAACCUAAAGAACUAUUUUAAAAAACGGUAUCUAAAACAGCAUUAUGAAAAUUAUUGUAUAAAUGUUGUUUAUCAGUUUUAGUUCUGCUGUUACCAUGCUUGCCAUUCAUUUUGUGAAUAACACUUGAUGCACUAUAAAUUUCUGAAUAGAAAAUUGUUCCUCUUUUGAUAUCAUCCUGCAUUUUCCCUUUGUAGACAUCAUGUAAACAUUUUCAGUAUUAAAAGGGGGUUGUUUGUCUCAUACUGCCAUUUGAAGCAUGUGCCAAUGUACUUCUGAAACAGUGUUCACUUGCAAUGUAUUUCUCAUUGACUUAUAUUAACUAAAUGAAGUUGUCAUGUUAAUAAUAGAUUGCUGGCCAAUUUUAGACCACCUGUAGUGCUUUGAUUCUUUACUGAUGGAGCCCUCAGAAUUGAAAGACGUGCAACCAGGAUGUGGUUGUCAUAGUUGCUUUUUAAUUUGAUUUGGUCUCCCUAAUUUUCAGAAGUGAUCUUAUUUCAUUGCUUGGGAGGGCCUGAUAGUAUUCUAAGCAACAUGGCAUAAUUAAGGGAUGGAGAGCUUGUCAGGGGAUGUAUUUUCUUUUAUCAGCUCAUACAGUUAGUAAAAGUGGACAAGAUUUUGGAUGGGUAGACCUUCUAUAACUUCAGCAUACAGUGCAUUUUAUGUGAAUAUCUAUUCUUAUCUGAUAAUUUCUGAAUAUUUGCAUUAUAAAAUAGGAUAGUGCAAUUAUUGUGUAUAAAAAUUGUCUAUAUCAAGUAUUCCUU